AUGGCCGGCUACUUUUCUUACUCGAAAUGGAAAGUUCCAUUGUUCCAUAAUUUGAAUACUUGCCACUGUGUCGACGAAGUGGCACAGCACGGACUCUCUGCAUACACUAGCCUCCUCUUCAGUCACUUCUCUAAUGUAUCACCAAUUGGAGCACACGCACAGACACUCGAACUGCUCUUACGUUUCCGCGGAGUUAUUGGGAAACCGGGUAUACAACUUGUCCGAUGUACAAACUCGUCUUCAGAAUUGGGAAAUGCCAACGAAACGAAGCCCACCACGAUAUUGCCGACUCGAGGGUACCAAACCCAAAUGCACCUUGAGCUUGACCACACUUUGAUUAUCGGGCGCGACCUUCGUGAUGGCCAGAAAUACACAACACCCACGAGGUCAAUUAGGGGCCCCGAAGGAAUAUUUGAUGACAGUGCUGCGCUGGAGCUAAGCGGGACACGGUCUCGCUGA